CUCUCAGUUGACUUUAUUGACUCAGAGAAAGAAAGUUCGCUCGAACAAUGGGACACAGACACAGCAAGUCCAAAUCCUCCGGUUCGCCACCACCGUCCUCCUCUUCCUCCUCCGGAAACGUCGUCCACCAUGUCCAACCCGGAGAACGCCGCGGAUCUUCCGGCUCCGGUUCCACACCCGUCGGAUCUUCCUCAACCGGCGGAGGAUCCCGCUCCGCCGCAUCCCCUCAGCAGAACGGUCGGAUCUUAGGCCGACCGAUGGAGAACGUCAGGGGAACGUACGAGUUCGGUCGUGAGCUAGGCCGUGGCCAGUUCGGAGUCACUUACCUCGUCACUCACAAAGAGACCAAAAAACUCUUCGCCUGCAAGGCCAUCCCCACGCGCCGCCUCGUCCACCGCGACGACAUUGAAGAUGUCCGCCGCGAAGUCCAGAUUAUGCACCAUCUCAGUGGCCACCGGAACAUAGUGGACUUGAAGGGAGCGUACGAGGACAGACACUCGGUGAAUCUGGUAAUGGAGCUGUGUGAAGGAGGGGAGCUUUUCGAUAGGAUCAUAGCGAAAGGUCAUUACUCGGAGAGAGCAGCUGCGGAUUUGUGCAGGCAGAUGGUGAUGGUUGUGCAUAGCUGUCACUCUAUGGGCGUGAUGCACCGUGAUUUGAAGCCUGAGAACUUUCUCUUUUUGAGCAAAGACGAGAGCUCUCCGUUGAAAGCUACGGACUUUGGUCUAUCCGUCUUCUUUAAACCGGGAGAUAAGUUUAAGGAUCUUGUUGGGAGCGCGUACUACGUUGCUCCGGAGGUUUUGAAACGGAACUAUGGACCAGAGGCUGAUAUCUGGAGUGCCGGUGUGAUUCUUUAUAUCCUUAUCAGCGGUGUCCCACCUUUUUGGGGAGAAAAUGAGACAGGGAUCUUUGAUGCUAUUCUAAAAGGAGAGCUUGAUUUUUCAGCUGAUCCGUGGCCGUCUGUGUCUAGUGGUGCCAAAGAUCUUGUGAGGAAAAUGUUGAAGUAUGACCCUAAAGACCGGCUUACAGCUAGUGAAGUGCUAAACCAUCCGUGGAUUAAAGAAGACGGAGAGGCGUCAGACAAACCGCUUGACAAUGCUGUGUUGUCCAGGAUGAAACAGUUCAGAGCGAUGAACAAACUAAAGAAGAUGGCACUGAAGGUCAUAGCAGAGAACCUAUCUGAAGAAGAAAUCAUUGGUCUGAAAGAGAUGUUCAAAGCUCUAGACGUCGAUAAAAACGGAAUAGUCACCUUGGAGGAGUUGAGAACCGGUCUCCCAAAGCUUGGCAAUAAGAUCUCUGAGGCUGAAAUCAAACAGUUGAUGGAAGCAGCUGAUAUGGAUGGAGAUGGAUCGAUUGACUACUUGGAGUUUAUAUCAGCGACAAUGCAUAUGAACAGAAUCGAACGUGAGGAUCACUUGUACACUGCUUUCCAGUACUUCGACAAGGAUAACAGCGGUUACAUAACAAUGGAAGAACUAGAGCAGGCCAUGAAGAAAUACAACAUGGGUGAUGACAAAUCCAUCAAAGAGAUCAUUGCUGAAGUUGACACCGAUCGUGACGGGAAAAUAAACUACGAAGAGUUCGUAGCGAUGAUGAAGAAGGGAAAUCCAGAACUGGUGACUAACCGACGCAGAGUCAACAUGUAAAACGAAUGAACGUUGGAGACGGUGAUAAUAACCACAACAAGUCUCUUUCUCAAUAUGUUUCUCUCUGACGAGAGAUCUUUUGAUGUAUCUUUUGUUUGCUUUGCUUCUUCCCUCUUUACUGUAACUUAGCUUUGUUGGUUUUGUUACAAUAAUGUUGUUUAUUUCCCCCAUUUUGCAAGAUCUUCUUUUAUCCCCACAUUAUUGGAUUAUAAAAAAAGCCAUUUGCAGGUU